CCGGUCAGCGUUUGCCUUCUUCACUACGCCCAUCACUGUACAAAAAACCCACAACACAGCAACCUUCGCCGCAGGUCCCACACUCUCCUUCUUCUUCUUCGGCGCCGGCGACCAAUGCCUCUGUUUUCCCACAACGGCGGAAACGUCCGCCGCGGAGGCUGGGCUCACUCUCUCCUCCCCUCCUCCAACCCCAAAUCCAAACUUCCGAGGAAGCCUCGACGGAGAUCCCUCCUUCGAGACUUUGUCUCCGCCAAUUUUUUCACCCUCGGCCUCUUGAUCUCUGUCAUUCUCUUCCUUGUUGUCGUUCUCCGCCACGGCGUGCCGAGUCCCCUCUCUUCCCGCUUCAAAUCGCGGGGCUCUCGCCUCCCGAAACCGCGGAAACCGGUGCUCCGGCGAGACGACGGCGUUCCGGGAGCCUACGUUGACAUCACCACCAAGGAUCUGUACGACAAGAUCGAGUUUUUGGAUGAAGAUGGCGGACCUUGGAAGCAGGGGUGGAGGGUGAGCUACGAAGGGAACGAGUGGGAUUUGGAAAAAUUGAAGGUUUUUGUGGUGCCACACUCGCAUAACGAUCCGGGAUGGAAGCUCACGGUAGAGGAGUACUAUGAGCGGCAGUCAAGGCACAUACUUGAUACGGUGGUCGAUACUCUUUCCAAGGAUUCUCGACGGAAGUUUAUAUGGGAAGAGAUGUCUUACUUGGAGAGAUGGUGGAGGGAUGCCUCAGAUAGCAGGAAAGAGACGUUCACCCAGUUGGUGAAGAAUGGGCAGUUGGAAAUUGUUGGAGGUGGUUGGGUAAUGAAUGACGAGGCAAAUUCUCAUUAUUUUGCCAUACUUGAGCAGAUGACAGAGGGAAACCUGUGGUUAAACGAUACCAUUGGGGUUAUUCCUAAAAAUUCUUGGGCAAUAGAUCCAUUUGGUUACUCACCUACGAUGGCAUAUCUUCUUCGUCGCAUGGGUUUUGAGAACAUGCUGAUUCAGAGGACCCACUAUGAGCUGAAGAAGGAACUUGCUUUGCAUAAGAAUUUGGAAUACAUAUGGCGUCAAAGCUGGGAUGUUGAUGAAACUACUGAUAUUUUUGUCCACAUGAUGCCUUUCUAUUCAUAUGAUAUUCCUCAUACUUGUGGGCCAGAACCUGCUAUUUGUUGUCAGUUUGAUUUUGCUCGAAUGCAGGACUUUCCUUAUGAACUCUGCCCGUGGGGCCAACAUCCAGUGGAGACCAAUGAAGAAAAUGUGCAGGAGAGAGCACUGAAACUGCUGGAUCAGUAUAAGAAAAAAUCAACACUGUACCGUACAAAUACACUGCUCAUUCCUCUCGGAGAUGAUUUUCGUUAUGUCGGCAUUGAUGAAGCAGAAGCACAGUUCAGGAAUUACCAGUUGUUAUUUGAUUAUAUCAAUUCUAAUCCCAGUAUGAAUGCAGAAGUAAAAUUUGGUACUUUGGAAGACUAUUUUCAAACCCUUCGUGAGGAGGCUGACAGAAUAAAUUACUCUCGUCCAGGCGAGAUUGGCUCAGGUCAGGUUGCAGGUUUUCCUUCUCUAGCAGGUGACUUUUUCACCUAUGCUGAUAGACAACAUGACUAUUGGAGUGGCUAUUAUGUUUCAAAGCCCUUUUUCAAGGCUGUUGAUCGUGUCCUGGAGCAAACACUUCGUGCAACAGAGAUGAUGAUAGCUUUGUUGCUAGGGCAUUGUCAAAGAUCGCUAUGUGAAAAGUUGCCUGUCAGUUUCUCUUACAAGUUGACUGCUGCAAGAAGGAACCUAGCUCUUUUUCAGCAUCAUGAUGGGGUAACUGGUACUGCUAAGGAUCAUGUGGUGAUUGACUAUGGAUCUCGAAUGCAUACUUCUUUGCAGGACUUGCAAUUUUUCAUGUCUAAAGCUAUUGAAGUGUUGCUUGGAAUCCGCCAUGAGAAAUCUGACCUAAAUCCAUCUCAGUUUGAGGCGGAACAAGUGAGACCUAAAUAUGACGUUCAACCAGUGCACAGAGCAAUCAGUGCUCAUGAAGGAACAUCACAAUCAGUGGUCUUUUUCAAUCCUUCAGAGCAAACAAGAAAAGAAGUUGUGAUGGUCAUUGUUAACAGACCAGAUGUAACUGUUUUGGACUCCAAUUGGACAUGUGUUAAAAGCCAAGUUUCUCCUGAAUUUCUGCAUGAUAAAAGCAAAAUUUUUACUGGGAGGCAUCGUCUCCAUUGGGAAGCUUCUGUUCCUGCCUUGGGUUUGCAAACAUAUUAUGUCGCUAAUGGGUUUGUUGGAUGUGAAAAGGCUAAACCAGCAGAGUUGAAAUUUUAUACAAAUUCCAGCUCUUCACAUUGUCCUACUCCAUAUGCCUGCUCAAAACAAGACGGUGAUGUGGUGGAAAUUCGUAAUCAGCAUCAAACACUGAUAUUUGAUGGUAGGCUCGGUUUGUUGCAGAAAAUAAUCUGUAAGGACGGAGCCCAAAAUAUUAUGGGUGAAGAAAUAAGUAUGUACUCUAGUGGCGGAAGUGGGGCCUACUUAUUUAAACCCACUGGGGAUGCUGAGCCCGUCAUCCAGGCUGGUGGGCAACUUGUGAUUGUUGAGGGCCCUUUGAUGCAGGAAGUUUAUUCCUAUCCAACAACAGCAUGGGACAAGAGCCCAGUUUCCCAUAGCACCCGUAUAUAUAAUGGAGAGAAUACCAUACAAGAGUUCAUUAUUGAGAAGGAAUAUCAUGUUGAACUUCUUGGCCAGGAUUUUAAUGACAGAGAAUUAAUAGUCAGAUACAAGACGGGCAUUGAUAACAAAAGGAUCUUUUAUUCAGAUUUGAAUGGCUUCCAGAUGAGCCGGAGAGAAACCUAUGAUAAGAUUCCUCUGCAAGGAAAUUACUAUCCAAUGCCCUCCAUGGCCUUCAUGCAAGGACCGAAAGGUCAUCGAUUUUCUGUCCAUUCCCGACAGUCAUUAGGUGUGGCAAGCCUUAAAAAUGGAUGGCUAGAGAUUAUGCUUGAUCGUCGUCUUGUUAGUGAUGAUGGACGUGGUCUUGGGCAAGGGGUGAUGGAUAACCGCCCAAUGAAUGUAAUUUUCCACAUCCUUCUUGAGUCCAAUAUUUCUACAACGCCCAAUUCUCUGACCAGCCCUCUUCCACUAAACCCCUCUCUUUUGUCUCAUUGUGUUGGUGCUCACUUGAAUUAUCCACUACAUGCAUUCAUUGCCAAGAAACCACAGGAGAUUUCUGUGCAGCCACCCUCAAGAUCCUUCUCCCCUUUAGCUACUUCCUUACCGUGUGACUUGCAUAUUGUGAGCUUCAAGGUUCCUCGCCCUUUAAAAUAUUCUCAGCAACCUCUCGAAAGCCCUAGAUUUGCUCUGAUCUUGCAGAGGCGAAAAUGGGAUCCUUCAUACUGUCGAAAGGGCAAAUCACAAUGCUCAAAUAUAGCUGAUGAGCCUGUAAAUCUGUUUUACAUGUUCAAGGGACUUGAAGUCUUAAAUGCCAGAGCCACUUCUUUAAACCUUUUACAUGAAGACAUAGAGACGCUUGGGCUCACUGAACAGUUUGGAGAUGUUGCUCAAGAGGGCCAUGUAUUUAUUUCACCUAUGGAAAUACAGGCUUACAAAUUGGAAAUACGGCCCCAUCAAUGAAAAUGAAGUCUGAUUUCUAGUACUUCAUACUUGCUGUUGGGGAUUGAUCUGGGCUGCUGGGUUACUACCAAAAUAUACACUGUUUGCUUUCAUGUUCCACAGACAAUUCAAAAUUUGUGAGGGUUGGAACCAUUUGUGUGCAGCUAUCUCAUGUGACUGACCACAUUGAAGCUAUAGAUGAAUAUUGACAAUUAGUUGUAGUAGUAAGACAAGGUAUAUACAAUGGCCAUGGAUCACCCCUGUCAUAGAAGAUAUUCAAAGAUGUCAGUGUUUUUUGCUACACAAUCCAUUCUGCAACUCAUUUUUCCCGAGUCUUUGGGCGAGAUGUUGUGUCAAGACUUGCGAGUUCAUAUCUUCUGUAAAUACAAAAAGACCAUUACCUUCUUCCUUAUGUAUUGUUACUUCAAAUGGGAACAAGUCAAAUGCAUUAAUAGAGUUAACAAAGAAGAUUAUACCGUGCUCUUUUGGUUUA